AUGCAUUUAGUCUGCCGCAGACUUCGUUGCUACGCCGCGCCGUGUCGUAGCAAGGAGCUGAGCAAGAGAGCAGCUAGCAAACAGGGGGAAACGGUCGCAUUAGCCGCGUCAGUCAUCAGCAGAAUGAAUCAUUACUUGAAGAGUACGCCAGUGGCUCGUGUCAAAGAGUCUGAACUCAAAGGUCCUCGUGGCGCCCCCGUCCCGCACCCCUUCCGCGUGCCUCCUCCCCCGCGCAUGCCCGCAAGGAAGGGC